CUAUUCCCAGAGAAAGCAAACUUUACUCUUGAUUAAGGCAGAAAUUCUAUUUGUUUGUUGUGUUCUUUGGGAUAAGAAUUUCAGUUUGUUGUGUUCAUUAAAAAUAUUUACAACAUUUUCAGCACCGGCCCAAUGCGCCCUACACAGUCCGCUUCACCUUAGGGUGUCCAUCAACCUGGUGAAUCUGGGUUCCUUUUUAAGUAUUUGACUCGCCACCGGGUCAACCUUUUAGGUUUAAAGUCAAUGAAAGAAGUAAUGGACCUUGGGAGAAUUGGAAGCGUAGGCAGUUAAAGAAUCGGGCCAGUUUGAUUUCGCGGGAGCUGGGAACUGGGAAUUGGAUGAACGUUUUCUUGCCAAAAAGGUUGUUUCGGGGCGGACAAUAUAUUCCUCCAGGAAGUUAACCAGACCGAGAUAAAUAUAAGGGUUUUGAAUUUCUGGUUCCAAUUCUGUGUUCUCAGUUAGGGAUUCGAUCGCAUUGCCUUUGAUUUCGCAAACCGGUUGAAGAUUACUUAACUGAGUUCUUUGAAAAAGGAAAACCUAAAAUAGUAAGAUCGGAUUUUAAAAUGUCUGAAGCUUCUGACCGUACAAAUCUAUCUCACACUUUCAAAUACUUAUUGGCUACACAGUUCUUGUCAAGAGGAAUCCCGUUCAUAUUCAAUUCCUGGAUAGUGAGGCACCUCACCGAGGAGGACUAUGCGGUUUAUGCUGUUCAAUUCCAUCUGUUUGUGACAUGUGUGUUGUUUCUGAGUCGCGAGGGAUUCCGGCGAGCCUGCAUGCGGGCGGAUAUUAGAUUUGAAGGUGCUUCAACAAAAGACAAUGCUGCAACAUUGUUGAAAGUGGCCUGGAUGACUUUCCCAUUUGGAGUGGUUAUCACAAUUCUGGCAUGUGUCUUUGUCUUCUGGUGGCAAGGACUACAUCUUUCUGAUCCAUAUGCUCAGGCUAUUUUGAUUAAUGGUUAUGCGUGUAUAGCAGAGCUCUUGGCAGAACCUCUUUAUAUCCUUUCUCAGACACUGUUUCUACUCAAACUGCGGUUAAUUGUUGAAACUGCAGCUACGUUUUUACGCUGCAUAACAAUGUACAUCCUAAUUGUGAACCUCACUAACAUGGAGAAGGGAAUUGUCUUUGCAUUGUCUCAAGCAGCAUAUGGAUCCUGCUUGUUCCUGGGCUAUUGGGGUUAUUUUCUUUGUGCAUUUAGAAGUUUUGAUCUUUUUCCUUUCAGGCUAGGACAUAUCCUGGAUUUUGAUAAGCAGCUCCGAAAAAUGUGUACGUUGUUUACUCUUCAAUCCCUUCAAAAGUUGGUUCUUCAAGAAGGAGAAAAGAUGGUCCUUGUAUGGCUUGAUACACCUUAUAACCAAGCUGUAUAUGGACUCGUAGAUAAACUAGGGAGCUUGGUGGUCAGGUUGGUGUUUCUUCCUUUUGAAGAAAGUUCAUAUGCUACAUUUGCCAGGUCUGCUUCAGGACAGUCUCCACAUAAAAGCAAGAAGAUAGGAGAAAGCCUUACUGAGGCCUUGAAGCUUGUUUUACUAAUCGGUCUCAUAUUUGUGGCAUUUGGCCCAAGUUACUCCUAUUCUCUCAUCAGACUGUUGUAUGGUCAGAAAUGGAGUGAUGGAGAAGCUUCAGUGGCCCUUCAUUAUUAUUGUCUCUAUAUCAUUGUUUUGGCUAUGAACGGGACUUCUGAAGCAUUUCUUCAUGCAGUUGCAACAGAGAACCAACUCAAACGCUCAAAUGAUUCAUUACUUGUAUUUUCAGUGAUAUAUGUAGCAUUAAAUUACCUACUAAUACGGUCUGCUGGUGCUGUUGGUUUGAUUCUUGCGAAUUCUUUGAAUAUGAUUUUGAGGAUUGUUUACUCUGCAGUUUUCAUCAAACAUUUUUUCCAGGAGUCUUCUUCAUUUUCUUUCUACAGCUGUUUGCCUUCAGGUUGGCCAAUGCUGUUGUUAUCUGGUGUAACUACUCUCAUUUCUGAAAAGGUAUUUCUGGACCGUAAAAAUUUUUGGCCAUCCUUCUUGAUUCAUUUUUCCAUUGGAUUCACGUUCUUCUGCAUCUCAGCCUUUGUCAUUUAUCGACGUGAGAGGCCUUUUAUCAACAAAGUUAUCCGUUUCCGCAACCACUUGGACUGAAAUCAAGAACUUGCACAAAUGCCUUUUGAAAUUGAAGGUGGGAUUAUUUCCCUUAAGCAUACUUCUCAUAUUCUCCUCCUAAUUUAUCAUUUACUAAGUGAGUUGUAUGGGAUUUAAGAAUAGAGUUUUGAAAUUCAUUCAAUUGAAGAAUGCAAAGGAAUUUCUCUGUAGCAUUACAGAAUAGACUUGUCAGAAAGAGAAAUUGUAACAUAUACUAGUAGACGGGAUCUUCAAGAAUUUUGUGGAUUUCGGAUAGCUGAUGAGAUAUAUGGCGUUUACAGUUUUUGUUGGGCCAGGAUAUUGUAGACUCGACUUGGAUUUUCACACUGUUGUUUCUGUCAACUGAUCUCUUCCUCCUGAAAAGGUCUAAACUUUUAAGCCAUUAUUUUUCUGACAUUUUACAAUAAAAAAGAUAUAUUGCCGACA